CUCCAGCGUUUCUCGCUUCUAGGCACGGCAUGGGGUUUACAGAAUUUAACCAAUCACACAAUGUCGAGAUUAGGUUGCCAGGCAGAUUAUGCUAAUGAGGCCCCGCCUUUUAUGCUGCUCCCACUCUGCGGCGGGAAGAACCACCUGGAGGUGGCGGGGGGGGUUGAUUUCCAUCACCCCUAGGGAGAGAGGAUCGGGGACCCGCUGAUCUUCCAGCUCCCCUCACCCAACGUCGUGCACAUUUUGGAGAGCUCUUUCUGUCCUUCAUGAACACAUGUGUGGUAGACAGAUGACUGUCCUCUACUCUGUGCUGCUAUAGGUGCCCCUGACUUGGAGCUGUCCAAGAGGGAGAAGAUGGAUUCCAAAGAUGAAAGCUCACAUGUGUGGCCAACGUCUGCAGAGCAUGAACAGAAUGCUGCACAGGUGCACUUUGUUCCAGACGCUGGAACUGUGGCUCAGAUUGUCUACACUGAUGACCAGGUUCGCCCACCCCAGCAGGUGGUGUACACAGCAGAUGGUGCCUCUUAUACUUCAGUGGAUGGUCCAGAGCACACACUAGUGUACAUUCAUCCUGUGGAAGCUGCGCAGACUCUGUUUACAGACCCAGGCCAGGUAGCUUAUGUCCAACAGGAUGCCGCCACAGCUCAGCAGGCCUCGUUGCCAGUGCAUAACCAGGUGCUGCCUUCAAUUGAGAGUGUGGAUGGUUCCGACCCUUUGGCAACUCUGCAGACGCCUAUAGGUAGACUGGAGGCAAAAGAGGAAGAGGAGGAGGAGGAGGAGGAGGAGGAGGAGGAGGAUACAGAGGAGGAUGAGGAGGAGGACGGUGAAGACACAGAUCUGGAUGACUGGGAGCCAGACCCACCCCGACCCUUCGACCCACACGACUUAUGGUGCGAGGAGUGUAAUAACGCACAUUCUUCCGUGUGCCCAAAGCAUGGCCCCUUGCAUCCAAUCCCCAACCGGCCCGUGCUCACUCGAGCAAGAGCGAGUCUGCCCCUGGUGCUCUACAUAGACAGGUUCCUUGGAGGAGUGUUCUCCAAACGGCGUAUUCCCAAGCGCACCCAGUUUGGCCCUGUGGAGGGACCCCUCGUCAGGGGGUCUGAACUGAAGGACUGUUACAUUCAUCUAAAGGUUUCUCUUGAUAAAGGGGACAGAAAAGACAGAGAUUUGCAUGAAGACCUGUGGUUUGAGUUGUCUGAUGAGACCCUUUGUAACUGGAUGAUGUUUGUGCGUCCAGCCCAGAACCACCUGGAGCAGAACCUUGUGGCUUACCAGUAUGGCCACCAUGUGUAUUAUACUACGAUAAAGAAUGUGGAGCCCAAGCAGGAACUGAAGGUGUGGUAUGCUGCUUCCUAUGCUGAGUUUGUGAACCAGAAAAUUCAUGAUAUUUCUGAGGAAGAAAGGAAAGUUCUUCGAGAACAAGAGAAGAACUGGCCCUGCUAUGAAUGUAACCGCCGAUUUAUAAGCUCGGAGCAGUUGCAGCAGCAUCUCAAUUCUCAUGACGAGAAGCUGGAUGUGUUUAGCAGAACAAGAGGCAGAGGAAGGGGACGAGGCAAGAGGCGAUUUGGCCCAGGUCGACGGCCAGGGCGUCCUCCAAAAUUUAUCCGCCUGGAAAUAACCAGCGAAAAUGGGGAAAAGAGUGAUGACGGGACACAGGACUUGCUACAUUUUCCCACAAAGGAGCAGUUUGAUGAGGCUGAACCAGCUACUCUGAAUGGGCUGGAUCAACCUGAACAGACCAGUAUCCCGAUCGCUCAGCUGCCACAGGAAACCCAGUCAUCUCUGGAGCGUGAACCAGAAACUCACACCCUGCAUCUGCAGCCACAGCCUGAAGAAAGCGUGGGGCCCACCCAGAGCACGCUGACUGCUGAUGACAUGCGCAGAGCCAAACGCAUCCGAAAUGCAGCUCUUCAGCAUCUGUUUAUUCGGAAGUCCUUCCGGCCUUUCAAAUGUUUGCAGUGUGGGAAGGCCUUCCGAGAAAAGGACAAACUGGACCAACACUUGCGCUUCCAUGGGCGGGAGGGGAACUGCCCGUUGACCUGUGAUCUCUGUAACAAGGGCUUCAUCAGCAGUGCGUCCUUGGAGAGCCACAUGAAGCUCCAUUCGGAUCAGAAGACUUACUCUUGCAUUUUUUGCCCAGAAUCCUUUGAUCGCCUUGAUUUGUUGAAAGAUCAUGUGGCCAUUCAUAUCAAUGAUGGCUACUUCACCUGUCCAACUUGUAAGAAACGGUUCCCAGAUUUUAUCCAGGUGAAAAAACACGUGCGCAGCUUCCACUCAGAAAAGAUCUACCAGUGCACAGAGUGUGAUAAGGCCUUCUGUCGCCCGGACAAACUGCGACUCCACAUGCUCAGGCAUUCGGACCGCAAAGACUUCCUGUGUUCGACCUGUGGGAAGCAAUUUAAGCGAAAAGACAAACUGCGGGAACACAUGCAAAGGAUGCAUAAUCCUGAGAGGGAGGCCAAGAAAGCCGACCGCAUAAGCCGCUCCAAGACGUUCAAGCCUCGCAUCACGUCCACAGACUAUGACAGCUUCACGUUCAAGUGCCGCCUGUGCAUGAUGGGCUUCCGGCGGCGGGGCAUGCUGGUAAAUCACUUAUCAAAGAGGCACCCAGACAUGAAGAUAGAAGAGGUGCCAGAGUUAACUCUACCCAUCAUCAAACCCAACCGUGAUUACUUUUGUCAGUAUUGUGAUAAGGUUUAUAAAAGUGCCAGCAAGCGUAAAGCCCAUAUUCUGAAGAACCAUCCAGGAGCCGAGCUCCCACCGAGCAUUCGGAAACUUCGCCCCGCUGGUCCUGGAGAGCCAGACCCCAUGCUGAGCACCCACACCCAGCUGACGGGCACCAUAGCCACCCCUCCUGUCUGCUGCCCUCACUGCUCCAAACAGUAUAGCAGCAAGACCAAGAUGGUCCAACACAUUCGAAAGAAGCAUCCAGAGUAUGCCCAGCUCCCUAACACCAUACAUACACCACUGACAACAGCUGUGAUAAGUGCCACCCCAGCUGUGUUAACGACAGAUAGUGCCACUGGAGAGACCGUGGUGACAACAGACCUGCUAACCCAAGCAAUGACAGAACUGUCCCAGACCUUAACAACAGAUUACCGAACGCCACAAGGAGACUACCAGAGAAUUCAGUAUAUCCCUGUGUCACAGUCUGCGUCUGGUCUCCAGCAACCUCAGCAUAUCCAGCUUCAAGUGGUGCAAGUGGCCCCGGCCACCUCCCCUCACCAGUCUCAGCAGUCCACGGUGGACGUCGGCCAGCUCCAUGACCCUCAGACUUACACCCAGCACGCCAUCCAGGUGCAGCACAUCCAGGUGACUGAGCCCCCCACCUCAGCCCCGGCACCCUCCCAGGUAGCUGGGCAGCCAUUGAGUCCCUCUGCCCAACAGGCUCAGCAGGAGCUCAGCCCGUCUCGUGUACCAGGAAGCUCUUCCACACAGGGGCAGGCGCUGCAGCAGCAGCAGCAGCAGCAGAGUUCCUCUGUACAACACACAUACCUGCCCAACGCUUGGAACUCCUUCCGUGGCUAUUCAUCUGAGAUUCAAAUGAUGACACUUCCCCCAGGUCAGUUUGUGAUUACAGACAGUAGUGUGGCAACUCCUGUUGCUUCUGGCCAGGUGAAGGCUGUUACUCCGGGUCAUUAUGUGUUAUCAGAAAGUCAACCAGAAUUGGAGGAAAAACAAACUUCUGCCCUCUCCGGUGGAGUUCAGGUUCAGCCGUCUGCACAUAGUGACUCCCUGGACUCCCAGAGCACCAGCCAACAACAGACCACACAGUACAUCAUCACAACCACCACCAAUGGAAACGGAAGCAGUGAAGUGCACAUUACUAAACCAUGACCUUCUCCCUGAGCUAGAAUUGAGCAGUCACAUCAUGUCUUUUCUUGUUCAUAAGUCUGAAAGAUUGUGACACUUACACCUUUUUUUUUAAGAUUUGCUAUUCACUCAAGAGUCUGGAAACGACAGUUCUGGCACUCAUACAUGCACUGGGGUUUGUUUUGCCAAGGUCAUCUUUACCAAAUUGACUCUUCAAACCCUUGAGGUUUCUGUCACAGAAUAGAGGACUUUCAGGGGAAAACAGAUUUCAAGGUGGAGAAACUUUGCCUAGCUCUUGAGUUAGUUUUUUAAUACAUCGAUAAGCCUUACCUUUCCUUUGUGGAAAUAUUAAAUGGUGUAUUGUGUUCAUACCAAAGGUGGAGAAAGGAUAUUCCAAGUCCAUGGUCCCUGGAUUUGCUGAUUCCAAGUCAUGGCACCAAAGGAGAAGGGGCAUUUUAUGGAUGUGUAUUAGGUCAGAACUGUUUUAUCUUGUAAUUUUGAAUUUUCAGUAAUUUAACAAAGGGAGCCUACUGAAUAAGAAGAUAAAAAUGACAAAAUGAAAGUGUGACAGUAAUGUUCUGAAGGAAAUACUGUCAUCUAAAUUUUUCUUAUUGCUGUUUUUUUUAACUUUCCUGUUUUGGAAAACCAUUGUUGGGCUGUUGGUAAUGCUUUCCACAGAUGCUGGCCCUCAGCAGAUUAGGUCAGAUCCUCAGGUUCUAAUAGUUCUUACUUUAGUACUCCACAAAGGUGGACUCCCUGAAAGAGAAAAGGCUGCUGGAUAUCAGCAGAAUUUAAACCUGUACGUUAAAGCUUUGCCUCCCAAUCUCUGGUUGUGAUUGUAUUUAGAAAGAGAUACUGGUACUAAGAAAAAUCACUAAAACUAUGUGAGAGAGAGAACUGAAAUCUUGUCCUGCCUCUGUCACUCAUUGGUAAAGGAUGAAUUCCUUGCUCCUACCAAGUAUACAUUUAACUCUUGCUCAGAGUAUUCAGUGUAUUUUAGUACUUUCAAUGCUGUCUUAAAAUGAACAUUCUCUAAAGUUGGGUGGAAAGGUGGCCUUCCUUAUUUCUUAACACUUUUAAAUUUAAACAUAUUGUAACUCAUCUGGACCUUUUUGUAAGAUGACCAACUACACACUUACGGGAAAAAUAAAAAUGUGGGGACCAUUUAUAAAACAUUAAGGUGAUUAUAAGGGAUCUGGAAGAAAUCCAGUCUUGGGAGAAAAAAAAAAAAAAAAAAACCACCUUGACAAUAGUUUUUCUUAUAUGUGUUUCUAUUGGGGAGUCUUGUUUACUGUGAAUUCAGUGGGGAAAAAUAUUUCCCUUCUUUUUACUGUACAUUCCAAUUGUACGCAUAAAACAAUUCAAUGAUCAGUAUAUAUUUUGACAACUUUUUGUGACAUACUAAUACCUUUUUAGAAUAAUUAUUGCAUAGUAGAAUUUAUCACUUGAGAACAGA